GUCACUUUAAGCGGGUGCUGCUUGUCCUCUCUACCCGGGUAUCCGUAGCCACAUGCGGAUAGCCUAUUAACAAAAUGAAACCCGACAAAUAUUGUUUCCCGCUUAAAUCUGUCCUAAUAUUGACAAUUCUACGUCCAGGCUUCGAUCUUGGCUUAGGAUCUCAUGGUUAGCAGGAACUACUAUAUAUCUGGAUAUUUAAAGUCCACCUAGCUGCCCCCAGCCUUUCUAGAAAGUCCAAACAGAACAUAUUUGCUUCUAGCAUUGUCUUUUGAGUUAUAUUCGAUCUCGCUAUAAAUUUAAAAUAGGUGAAAUGGCUUCUAUAAACCUGAAGGUGAUCAAAGUUGGAGACACUUAUCAAAUUGAAGGGCGUCCGCGGGAAGAAGUUAAGAUACUCAAGGUCUACAAUCCAUCGAAUAUACCGGGAAAAUCCGUCCUUGUCAUCUCGAUUGAUAUGGACCCAAACGCGGCCACACCUUCUCACACCCACGGUGGUGCAGCAGCCCUUGCGAUCGUGGUUGAUGGAACCGUCCUUAAUCAGAUGAACUGUGAGGAACCAAUCGUGUCGAAAAAGGGCGACUUCUGGUAUGAAGCUCCUGGUUGCCACCAUGUUCGGUCAGAGAACGUCAGUGGAUCGGAGACGGCCAAAUUUUUGGCAAUCCUCAUUGUUGAUGAUGAGGUUAUUAAGGAUGGAUUCCACAAUAUUUUUGUUUUGGAUGCUGAAAAUCAAGAGCAGUGAGGCUUUAUAUGACCAAAAAAAUAAUUGGAUAACCUCAUGUUCUGUUAAUUCAAUCUACAUUGGUUCGAUCCCUAGUAUCUAUGAAUUGUCAUCAAAUGUAAAUAUAGC